AUGUCUUCCAUUAACAAAGUAACGAAGUUCGUAAACAGAAACAACCCGACGGCCAAAGAAUUCAUACCCUUCCUCAAGAAGCAAGAUGCGACUUUCUGGCAUUUGGUAUUUUCGGAAUCGACGAUUUUGGAAGCCAUGACAUCGCAUGAGGUAUUAAAGGACAUGCCUCCUCUGGAAGGACAGCAGCUUCAAGCUUUAUUUGCAGGAUUAUAUCUCUCGGGAGAGGAACAAGGCCCUAAAUGGAUUCUGAGUGAUAAAUACAAUGAGACACCAUUGGAGAGGGCAGAUGACCAAGACCAUGUUUCCCCGGAUUUUCGUGGAGCUAAAAUGGAGAGAUCAAACAAAAGGCUACGGGAAGCAAUGGGAGAAGUGGAAGUCCUUGAUUCAGGAUCCGAGAAAGAAGAUGAUGAAAUCAUUGAUUCGUUUCAAAAAUGCACAAAUUGUCGAAAACCUAAUUUCGCUCAAGGUUUAUUCCAUAAGCAGAGAGAUAAUUUUCUUUGCGCACAUUGCCAGGCAGUUUCAAGCUUCCAUCGCCGCAGAUCAGGAACAACUUCAGUCUCAUCCUUACCUCUUGGCUCUCAAGCAAAUGAUGCCGAACCAAUCCAGAAUAGAUGCGAAUCUGGAAGUCCACUACUACUCGCAAAGUCGUCAACUCCCAAAGCCAUACUUCCGUCUGUCGCAGAUAACCUCCUUUCCUAG